CACAAAAUGCAACACUCGACCAUCAGGGUAACUGCCGGGCCUUCAGCCAGAGGGUCCGUCUAUCUGAGCCAUUACAGCCGGAAUAUAUUCAUCUAAAUAUACCUCUAAACUCUGGUCGUUCUUGGUAUCUUUAGACUGCGGGGUCACUGACAGCACACGGCCGAAUGCUGAAAAUGUUCAAAAUGCCCAAUCCCUCGGCGUUGGGCCCUUUCCCCGGCCCUUCGGCAUGCAAGCAACAGAGAGCAGCGAGGCGACAAUGGCGGCACGAUUCCUAUCAGUUGCAGCGCUGACUGCUGUUCUUGCUCCAGCAGUUGGGAAUGGAUUUGCUUGGGCACAAAUACCCGCAGGUUGCACCGCCAAUUCCUUCACAACACCAAGCUGGCUUGUCCAGGACUUCACGUCUCAGAUAGCGGCAAACUUGACUGUUGCCUCGUUUCAUGCUCUUAACAGGGCUACCAACGUCACAGCGGAGCUCAGGUGUACUUCAACUACCCCAACGGCAGGAUGGCAAAGCUGCAGGUCCAGGAAUCAGACCGAACAACCGUUCCUCGCGUCGUUCCAGGCCGACACCUCGACAGCCUGGUUCAUGUUCAAUGAGACAUGGCCUUGUGACGACAUGACCCCGAGCCAGCCGCUCACGUUCUCCGCCCUUGGAAACGGCUCAGUUGCCCUUAACUGCACAACCGACGAGAGUGAAACCACGACCUGUAAUUCGGCAAAGCCUCUGCUUGUCAAAGCUGCCCUCUCCUCUCCCGUCAAAAUCACUCCAUCAUAUGUUAGUGGACCACCAGGACAUGACAUCGCAGGAUGUGCCUCCCAGCCGGCCUGGGAGGUGGUAGCCAGCCAGAUCAACCUCAGAAAGCUGUCAGGACAGCGCCAGUCCGGAAACGCCUUCGUCAUCGUCAGGAACGACCACCUGGGCUACACCGCUUCCUGCGGCGGAGUUCUGAGCGCUGCUGCCGGGCCACAACCUCUGUCAUGCGAGGGGCAAGUGCCAUAUCGCCGGGCUGACAAGUACCAAAUCGACACCACCCUCUCGUUCGAACCCGACACGUUCGCACUCGGCAUCGACCAGACCUGGUUCUGCGACGACCAAGACCCAGCGCAGCCCCUCUCCAUCACCGGCUCCGGCACCAUCCCCCUCGCGCUCGAAUGCAGCGUCUUCAACGAGACCACCACCGAAACCACGACCUUCUGCUCCGGCGGCACGGACGGCACCGUCGCCGGCAACGUGACCGCGCGCGGCCUGCUCCCGCCCUACUCGCUCAACGACCCGCUGCCCACGGGCGAGAGCUGCACCAUCUCGUCCGUCACCUCGCCGGCCUGGUGGUUCAACGGGUUCGAGACCAACACGACGACGGCGAACAGUGAUAUGGUGACCGCGCGGUUUGGGAUGGAGCUGCAGACGGCGGCGGCGUCGACGGGGAAUUUUGCGAUUGUGGCGGCCGAUGGCGUGCCCGUGUCGGAGGUGCCGACGAACUCGUCGGCGGAUUUGCAGUGGAAUAAGUGCGUGUUGCAGUCGGUGGGCGAUGUGGCGCUCGCGCCGACGGGGUGUGAGUUUCGGUAUGAUAUGGCCAGUCGGUUCUUGGGGCUGAGGGUGAAUUGGACGUGUUCGGAUUUGGAUCCGGGGAGUCCAGUCAUGUUCGGCGGAGAGGUGCGCACGCUGGUGCCCGAGUUCACCUGCGUCACGACGGGGACGAACAUACGCUGUGCCUCGCCGAUUACAGAGCCGUGGAGGGCGAACGUCUCGUCAUUGGCUUGGAUGUAGGGGGUGACGCCGAACCGCGACACCAAGAUGGGGGACUUGGGGGCUUUUGUGGAACGGACUCAACGGAUAUGGCUACUCACGCAGGAGGAUAUAUCAUAUAUAUAUUGGUCAGCGUGGUCCUGUUCGAUUUGUUCUCGCCCCUGAUAUCAUUGUCUUCGAGACAGAGUGAAGCAUACUGCCGCUCGCCGUCUCCGUAGCCAACUCCUCAGUUCUCAGCCC